AUGGCAAUGGAGGAAGAACAGCGGAUCACCGCAGAAGAGAAGAUUCGCCAUAUUCUCAGGGUGUAUGCCUUGGGACAGCCUCUCUUUCCUCGCGACGUUCUUCAAGACCUGAGUCGUCAGAUCGAUCAGGGACGUGAUGAGGUGCAUAUUGCAGAUUUGGAUGGCGUUCCUCAGAAGCACAGCCUCAAGGUUCCGACCUGGUGUGCAGAUUGGGCGAAUUCGUACCGCAUCUCCUACUGUAGCAUCCAAGCUAUGACCACCGUCAACCCUUUCAUGCCAGAUGAGAUCCUUCGUGACCAACCUCCCGUUGCGAUCUGCUACACCAGAAAUGACAAGAAACCCGAGAAUCCUCUGCAUGAAGUACGCAAGGCAUUCGACAAUCAGCGCGAAGUGUGGCAGACUAGUGAGGCCUGCGAGGCUCUGCAGAAGCAACUGACCACUCUGAGCCUCUCCCGUCCGAUCACCAAGAUUGUCUGCUUUGCACUAGGCACCUUGAGCCGCUUGAACUCCCGCAGCGCCGCACGCUCUCACACCCAGCAUGCUGCCGUUGAAACCAUGGUGCAAGCGCUGAAGGCAAGACAAGGCAAUAGGAACGAGGAAAUCAGAUGCUUUGCGCAGGAUCCUGCAUACGACGAGGUCGACAUUGCACUGCUUAGAAGCAUCGGUAUCACCCCGCUGGACGAUCCAAAGGGGUUUCUUGCAGUCGACGAAUCAACCCUUGUCUUCUGCGUCAGCCCCAAUGUGCCCGUGAAGCAGAUCAUUGCCGAUGUUCAGUGGCCCGCGGCGAUGAUUUGGAACACUGUCAGACCUUCCGAGCCGGAUGUCGCAAAGUGGGAACAGCGUGUGAGGAAUGGUCAGGUAACCUGGGUUUGCCCCUACACCACUGAUCCGGACUCUUCGCGCGUACGCAAGAUGGUCAGUCAUUAUGUGCAUGCUCCGGUGGUUGAUAUGGACGAUUGUCUCGGGGAUCUGACAAUCUACAUGAGAUAA